AAUUUAUAUAUAAAAAAAAGGUAAAAAAAGAAACCCAAAUAAAUCUUCUUCCGUCAGACUCCAACUCGCAUCUGCUCUCAUCUCCUUCCUCCAGCCUCGGAGUUCUGAUUGUCUUCUCCAGCAUCAGGAGUUCUGAUUGUCUCCUCCUCCUCCUCUUAAAAUCCUCCCACAAAACCACCGUCUUGUAGUUGUACCACCACCUCUAGUGGGCGGCGCCGCUGCCAUUGUGGAUUUUCAAUUUAGGGGACUUCCAACCACCUCUCCUACUCUGCCGCUCUUAAUUUCACAGGCUUCUGGUUUAUAACCCCUUUUAUGUUCGGAUGGAAAACUAUGAGAAUGGGUCUUUCCUCCCCGGGCCCAAGGCGGGUGCCUCUCCCGCCAUGGAUGGAGUUUCCGGGAUUUCUAAUAGUUUCCAGACUCAACAAGGUAUGCAUCGAUCCGCCUCUUUGUCGAGGGUGAAUCAGAUGCAGCAAUCGCAGGUACAGCAGCAGCAGCAGCAACAACAACAACAGUUGCAACAGGGAAAUCCGCAACAGCAACAGCAGCAGCAGCAACAACAACAAUUGUUAAGACAACAAGCACAAGCUGCCUUAUAUGGGCAAAUGAAUUUUGGUGGGUCAAUGUUAAAUCAACAAUUAAGGCAGCAACAAUUACAAUCUCAUCAACAACUACAAUCGCAGCAGCAACCACAACAAUUACAAUCUCAACAACAGCAGCCGCAACAAUCUCAGCAGCAGCAACAACCACAGCAACCGCAACAACAAUCGCAGCAGCAACAGUUGCAACAACAAUCGCAACAGCAACAAUUGCAACAACAAUCGCAACAGCAACAGUUGCAGCAACAACCACAGCAGCAACAAUUGCAGCAGCAACAACAGGGCAGUGGAAGUUUGUCUCGAUCGACAAUGUUGGGGCAAAGUGGGUCUUUGCCCGUGUUGUCUGGCCAAACAGCCCAAUAUAAUAGUAUGCAGUCGCAAUUGCUUGCUUCGCCUAGGCAAAGGGCAAGUAUUCUUCAUGGUUCGCAAUUUCAAUCAGCAAAUGCACUUGGGCAAUCACAAUUGCAAGCAUUGCAGAUGAUGGGUUUUGGUUCACAGCUGAGAGCAAACGGUUCUGUCCCGUAUGGGCAACGCAUCAAUCAAGCCCAGUUGAGGCAGCAGUUAUCACAACAAACACUUGCGUCGCCUCAGGGUCAGAGCCUUUCUCGGACGUCAUCGUUGGCAUAUAUGAAUCCUCAGUUGUCUGGCUUAUCUCAAAAUGGACAGUCACCUAUGAUGCAGAACUCUUUGUCUCAGCAACAAUGGAUGAAGCAAAUGCCUGCAAUGUCUGCCCCUGGAUCACCAUCAUUGCGUCUGCAGCAAAACCAAAGACAGCUCUUACAGCAACAGAUUGGCCAAUCUCCUCAGUUGCAGCAGACCAUGUCCUUAAAUUCUCAGCAAUUAUCUCAGCUGGUUCAGCAGCAGCCUUCAAUGGGGCAUUCUCAGGUGCAGCAGCAAUCAUCGCAAAUGCGUCAGCUGCAACAGCCACCAUCAAUGCAGCAACAGCAGCAGCAACCAUCACCACAACAGCAGCAGUUGCAGCAGCAAAAUCAGCAGCAGCAGCAGCAACUCCUGCAGCAACCAUCACCUAUGAAUCAGCAGCAGCAGUUAUCUCCUAGGAUACAGGGACCAGCAGGACAAAAGACGUUGAGCUUAACUGGGUCACAGCCAGAUGCUACUGUAUCUGGGGCAACUACCCCAGGGGGUAGUUCAAGUCAAGGAAACGAGGCGACGAAUCAACUGCUCGGGAAGCGAAAGAUUCAAGAUUUGGUUUCCCAGGUGGAUGCCCAAGGUAAGUUGGAUCCAGAAGUUGAAGAUCUCCUCUUAGAAAUCGCUGAUGACUUUAUUGAUUCGGUUACUACAUUUGCAUGCAAUUUGGCAAAGCAUCGGAAAUCUUCAACAUUGGAAUCCAAGGAUGUGUUGCUUCACCUAGAAAAAAAUUGGCAUCUGACUAUCCCAGGAUACUCGAGCGAAGAUCGGAAAAGCAACACCGACAAUCCUUCAAGUGAUGUUCACAGAAAGCGCCUUGAUAUGAUACGUGCUCUGGUGGAGUCCUCACAAUCAGAAUUCUAUCCAAACAAUUCUAAAGAAAUGGCGAGACAGGGACUUGGUAACUUGUCUGGUGCCAAUCACUUGAUGAAAGCCUCUCCUAGUUCAGACCAACUUGUUGCACAGUCAAAUGCUUCACAAAUGGUUCAGCAGAUGACAAGGUUCUGAUAGAUCACCCCGCUUUGUCUCUUCAGCUUCAAAUGAGUGUACAUUAUGGUUGAUAAAAUGUGAGGGUACAGGUCUGCACAGCUAGGCGAUUCUGAAUAAACCAAAAUCGCCAGGAACUGCCCGAAUAGGAUACUAACUGAAGACAUGCAAGGAGUUCGUUUUAAUUUCCUGUGUAUAUUAUUGUGGAAGAUGAUAUGCUGAGAAGGUCUGUUUGCAAACACUAUAGCUAUUUACUUUGUGCUUUCAUACAUACCAUGGUGUAAUCUUAUUAUUUACAUUUGUGAGUGGUGGUUGCAUUUCUGCAUUUCAUAAACGAAUUGUAAUACGAAACAGAUGAUUUUUUAACCUUAAGAAAAGUUAUUAAAGGUGAUUUUUUUUA